UGCAGGGCGCGCGCGGUCACCACUCAGCUCUCAGCGAAGCACGUGGGUACCAGCUCGCACCCAACCGCCACCGCAGCCCCUCGCCAUGCCCGCCGACCUCAGCAAGUGGGCUGGGCCGCUGAGCCUGCAGGAGGUGGACGAGCGGCCCCAGCACCCGCUGCGCGUCUCCUACGCCUCGGGAGUGGAGGUUGACGAGCUGGGCCAAGUGCUGACGCCCACCCAGGUGAAGAACAGACCCAGCAGCAUCUCGUGGGACGGCCUCGACCCGGGCAAACUCUAUACCUUGGUCCUCACAGACCCGGAUGCCCCUAGCAGGAAAGACCCCAAGUACAGGGAGUGGCACCAUUUCCUGGUGGUCAACAUGAAGGGCAACGACCUCGGCAGCGGGAAGGUCCUCUCAGAUUACGUGGGCUCCGGGCCCCCCAGCGGCACCGGCCUUCAUCGCUACGUCUGGCUGGUGUACGAGCAGGACAAGCCACUCAGGUGCGACGAGCCCAUCCUCAGCAACCGAUCUGGAGACCACCGCGGCAAGUUCAGAGCGGCGGCCUUCCGCAAGAAGUACCAGCUGGGAGCCCCGGUGGCCGGCACGUGUUACCAGGCCGAGUGGGAUGACUACGUGCCCAAACUGCACAAACAGCUGUCCGGGAAAUAGGGGAGCCACUCGACCGACCCCCCGCGGCAGGAUGACCAGGCUCGCCAGCUCACGGCGUGUCCUGGC